AUGAAAACAAGAUCUGCGGCACGAAUUGACAACAAUGACCAUUCAGAAGAUUUUGAGACAACAGAAGAGGAAGACUUAAAUGAUCGUGCUGCUGCAGUUAGGACAGAAGAGGAAGAGGAUGGAAUUGCUGACAUGAGAAAUAAGAAAAGCAAAAAAACUUCAUCAAGGAUAUUGCAUAGAAGUAAGGAUUUGAAUAAUCUGUUUUUGGAUUUGAGUAAUAUGUUGUUAAUAUUGAAAGAUUUUGAGACAACAGAAGAGGAAGACUUAAAUGAUCGUACUACUGCUGUUAGCAUAGAAGAGGAAGAGGAUGGAGUUGCUGACAUGAGAAAUAAGAAAAGCAAAAAAACUUCAUCAAGGAUAUUGCAUAGGUGUUUUCCUAAGAAGCUGACAGAAUUAGUUUUGUUGUUGAACGAGGGAAAGAAAGAUCCUAGGAAGAAAGAAGACUGUAUUAAGAAAGAGAAGUAUAUUAAGGAAUGUGGAUUUGGCGGACUGUUGAAACUGAACAUCACCAUUAUCCCGAGGGUAUUUGUAAGCUGGAUUUUAAAUAACUUUGACAAACAUAGGGGAAUGAUUGUCAAUGAAAAUGCAAGAAUUACUGUUGGAGAAGAAGAUGUGAAGAGGGUAUAUGAUUUGUCAAGGGGUAAGAAGAUAAUUGAUUUGGAAAAGGUUGACAAAUCAAAUAAAGAAAACUUGAAGAAACUUAAGGAGCAGCUCGGGUACAUAGGGGAGACUUAUGAUAGUAUGAUCAACAUACAUACCAAUGUUUUGUAUGAAAAAUUGAUGAAGUUUGAAAUCACAAAGAACAAAGCUUGGGCAAAAGGUUUUAUAUUAUUGGCUAUUGGAACCAUUCUUUGCCCUACUACUUCAUAUUUGGUACAUUUUUUAGAUAUGGUGCAAACAACCAAAAAGAAGAAAAUAGUUGAAAAACCACCAAGUUGUGGAAAUUGGGAGGAUGACAUUGUGAGCUUGGAGUUGAAGAAAAUAAAGGAGAAGGGAGGUUUCAACAAGGUGAUCAUUCUUGAUAAACAAGAUUGUGAUAUUCCAGAAAGUAGUAUGGUAGCAAAAGACAUGGAUGAUGAAGUGAUGCAUGACAAAAUUGCUGAGACUGCAAAACGUAGUAGAGAGAAAGUGAUCCAAAGAAAAGGGAAAAAGCGAAAGACACAAAAUGUGGAUGAUGAAAUGAUGGAGGCUCAUUUGGCUCCACAAGACUACGCAUUAGAAGAGGUAUAUCUGAACGAAAUACUCAAUAUUCAAAUUUAG